CCGGUUCAAGUUAGCUAAGACAUUUUUCUUUUCCAUUUCCAAUCUGGUUUUCAUUUUCUAAGGAAAUAACAUAUUACUAGCUGGUGGAUGGCAAUUAACUUUUCAGCAUUUUCUUAUGGUGGUGGAAGAGGGUAUUAAAAAAGAACAUUGACGGAGGAAGAAGAUAAUGGUAAAAUAAUAAAAAGGAAAGCGCACAUUGAUCGUCAAAUAGAGUAAAAAAUGGGUGCAGGUGGAGAUGUAAGGAUGCUUGAUCAAACCGCAACAUGGUCUGUUGCCUGUGUUUGUGCGGUUAUCGUCAUAAUCUCAGUAAUGUUGGAACAUAGUCUUCAUACCGUUGGACAUUUUUUGAAGAAACGUCAUAAACCCGGGCUAAUGGAGGCACUUGAGAAGAUAAAAAAUGAGCUUAUGGUGCUUGGGUUCAUAUCGUUGCUUUUGGUUUUUAGCCAGAACUAUAUCGCAUCCAUUUGUAUAUCGAAGUCUCUUACAAAGGAUUUCUUGCCAUGCGACAAACAAAAAUAUGAAAAGGAUGACGAGGAUGAUGCUUAUGGCGGGCUAGAUGCAAGGAGGAGAUUGUUGUGGAAUGACCACAGAAGGUUAGCAGGGGAUGAUCCACCUAAAGAAUGCGAUGAAGGAUAUGAGCAAAUUAUAUCAGUUACUGGAUUGCACCAACUGCAUAUAUUUAUAUUCUUCUUGGCAGUGUUUCAUGUCAUGUACAGUACCCUCACUAUGAUUUUUGGAAGAGCAAAGACUCGCAAGUGGAAAUUUUGGGAAAGAGAAAUUUUGGCCGAUCACGUACCUGGCGCUGAUCCCUCAAAGUACCGCCUUACUAAGGAUUUGUCUUUCGUGAAACAUCACACGAGUGCUUUUGCCAACACUCCAGCAAUGUUCUACAUUGUAUGCUUCUUUCGACAGUUUUUCACAUCUGUUCGUAGGUCAGAUUACAUGGCCAUGCGCCAUGCCUUUUUCUCUGUUCAUUUAUCUCCCGGGAGUCACUUCAACUUUCAGAAAUAUAUAAAGAGGUCAUUAGAAGAUGACUUCAAAACAAUUGUAGGAAUCAGUCCUCUACUAUGGGCUAACGCGGUCCUUUUCCUUUUUGCGAAUGUUGAUGGAGCUCGGGUUAUGACUUAUCUCUCUAUAUUUCCUGUCAUUAUUAUCUUAGCAGUUGGAACAAAGCUUCAAGCAAUAGUAACACAGAUGGCUGUUGAAAUUCAAGAACGACAAUCCGUGGUACAAGGAAUACCUGUUGUCGAACUCUCUGACAGACACUUCUGGUUUAGUCAGCCUAGAUUAAUUCUGUAUCUUAUUCAACUCACCCUCUUUCAGAAUUCAUUUGAGAUAACACACUUCUUUUGGAUUUGGUAUGAGUUUGGACUUGAUACUUGUUUUUAUGAAAGUCCUAUCCUUCAAUAUGGUAGAGUGAUUAUUGGGAUUUCAGUACAAUGCUUAUGCGCCUACAGCAUACUUCCACUCUACGCCCUUGUUACACAGAUGGGUUCAACAAUGAAACAGUCGAUUUUUGAUGAUCACACGUCGAAAGCUCUCAAGAGUUGGCAUGAACAAGUGAAAAAGAAAGACAAACUUGAAAAGACUAAAACUCUAGGCCACCCAAUCGAACCACCAGUAGAUGCUAAAGUAAAGGUGAAGUCAAGUGAUUCAGGAACAACGGUAUCCUCUAGACCAUCUGCCAACAUUGUUGCCAGUGUUGACAUACCUGACGAUAAGAACUAGCUAUUACUCAGCAUUAUAUAUAUGUAAGGGCAAUAUUCAAAGUGCAUCAAGGA